AUGGUCUCAGCCAGGAGCAAAGUGCACCGACUUUUCCCAAAGCAAGAGCAGAAGCCGAAAAUUGCAAUGGUUAUACCUACGAAGCGUGAUAACCUCCGCCGGCAUGCAACAGCACUCAUUAGACAAUGGGAGAACGGCGAUAAUAACAACCGCAACAAUGAACCCCUUUCAGGAGCCUCUCGUACCUCCCCUUCGGAGGAACCUCUCGCUACCCCUUCCCUCCUUCCCCUCGGCCCUCGCCCCUCGGAGCCCCUUCUCUCCUUCCCCUCAAGUCUCACCCCUUGGCCCUCGCCCCUCGGAGGAACCCUUUGCUGCCCUUUCCCUUCCUCCCCUUGGCCCUCACGCCUCGGCCCUCGCCCCUCGUCCUCGGCCCUCGCCCCUCGUCCUCGGCCCCUCGCCGCCCCUGCCUCACCUUCCCCUCGCCCCUCAUCCUCGGCCCUCGCCCCUCAUCCUCGACCCUCGCCGCCUUCCUCUCCUUCCCCUCGGCCUCGGCGCGGCCCUGCAGGAGCCAGCAACAAUUAG